AUGAAACAAAGUCAUUCCAAUUCAAGAAUCAAAAUCCGAGCAAAAAAUAUAGACACCUCAAUUCAGAGCAGUCAUAAGUAUUCUUUUUCAGAAAUUAACUCUCCUAAUGAGUUUCAAACUCUUUCGAAGUCUUCUUCUGUAAAAGACCCAUUCCUUAACAUGCGCCAAGCAGGUCUUGGCGUCCCAACUCUUCGCCCCUCUUGCCCUCCCAAAAAAAGCGCCUCUAGGAACUCUAUUUGCAAUCUCCCAGCACCCAAGAUGUCGCUGCCUUCCAAGCUUAAAUUAAAUAUCCAGUCCCCGUGCCUUUCUUCCAGGACCCCAAAUAAACCAAAAAUUGCAUUAAGCCGGAAUAACUCAGCUUAUGAUCUUUUGGCUCCUAUAAUAGAAACUUCCUCAAGAAAGAGCCUAAUUCCUUUCUCCCCGAAAACAAAAAUAAGAAUACCGAAUAUGGAAAAAGAUUUAUUAUUAAAAUCCCAAAGGAACUGCGAAGGAAUGACAAGGCGAGAUUUAAAGACACCGAAUUUCAAUACAAACGCAUACCAAAAACAUUGUAAUACAAGCGAGUCUGAAUCGUAUGGCAGCGAAAGCACAGUACUUCCACAAAGUGGAGAAAUUUCGAUAUAUGAAGGAGGAGUGGAGAGAAGUGAGAGUAAUGCGGACGCGUAUGAAAGAAUUAAAAAAUUAAUGACGGAAAAUGAAAAGGGGGAAGAAGAAAGCCCGUAUGAUGUUUCGUUUGGGAUGUUUGAGAAUAGCUCGAGUAGGAAAAGAAGACUGUGACGGCAGAGUAGCAUGGCGAGUUCAAGGAAAUAA